AUGAGUACCAAGCACUUCUUCCCUCAUACCGAAGGCGUUGUACUGCUAGCAUUGGAGUCCUUGGUAGCGAGGAACACUCAUCUCGGACUCGACGCGCCAAAUAAGGUCGUUUACUCCAAGACGCAUAGUCCGUCCAAGGUCUCGGUGAUAAGUGGAGGAGGUAGCGGGCAUGAACCAGCCUGGGCUGGCUAUGUUGGCAAUGGACUGCUGACCGCUGCGGUUGCUGGGGAGGUUUUUGCUUCUCCGUCUGCUCAGCAGAUCAUGGCUGCCAUUGAACAUGCACCUUCGGACGCGGGAACCAUUCUCUGUAUCACGAACUACACUGGAGACAAUUUGCACUUUGGACUGGCUAGAGAGAAGGCAGCUGGUCAGGGAAGGAAGAUUGCCAUACUGCGGAUGACGGACGAUGUAGCUUUGGGAAGGAAACAGACGGAGAAUCUUGGGAGGCGAGGACUUGCUGCCAAUGUGUUUGUGCUGAAGUUAUGUGGAGCGGCUGCAGAGGCGGACUACGAUUUUGAAAAGUGCUUGGAGUUGGGAACUUCUGUUAACGCGAAUGCUGUUACGGUUGGGUCUUCGCUCGAUCAUUGCCAUAUUCCGGGCCGGGAGCACCAUCGUUCGAUACCGCAGGAUGCAUAUGUUCUCGGCAUGGGAAUUCACAAUGAACCUGGAUUGCAUGAGAUCAGUCCCAUGCCGUCUGUUGAUGAACUGGUUAGCGACAUGCUGAAGUACUGCUUGGAUCCUCAUGAUAAGGAUAGAGCGUUCGUGGAGUUUAAACCGGACGAUGUUGUUCUACUUCUCAUCAACAACUUUGGAGGCAUGAGCAAUCUCGAGCUAGAAGCUCUGACCAACGUAACACGCAAAAAGUUGGAGCAAGAAUGGAGCAUCAAACCACAAAGAAUCUACGCACACUGCUUCGAAACAUCACUCAACGCACCGGGCUGGUCGAUUUCGCUUCUCAACGUCUCCGGAAUCGAGCGAGAUACCAAGACGUCUGUUUCGACGGUAUUGCGAUUGCWAGACUCCGAAAACGAUGCACCUGGCUGGCCAAAGAACGGAUACAAGCCAUUGUCAACCGAACAAUCGGAGCAAAAGACCAAGAAAACCACAGAUAGCUCUUCGGACUCUACACGCCAGGGACCAAAGGUGGACGCAAUGCUUCUGGAGUCUGCUUUACGUAAUGCAUGUAACGCAGCAAUCAAACGUGAGCCAGACAUCACCAAAUGGGACAUCGUCAUGGGAGAUGGUGAUUGUGGUGAAGCUGUCGUUGGAAUGUGCCAGKGUGUUCUCAAGAAGCUUGACGACAAGAACCUACUGAAUCAAGGUUUCUUGUUCCCCAUCCUGGACGAAGUAGGUGAAGCAAUAGAGGCGAUUGGCGGCACACUCGGUGCAAUCAUAAGUAUCAUCCUGGCAUCAUUCACAACACACUUACGGAAGGCUUUCGCUCAAGACCCGGACAAUUUCGCUCUUACUACGAAAAGUGCAGGGCAAGCUUCAGGGGCAGCCUUGAGAAAUUUGAUGACAUAUACACCUGCGCAGAAAGGUGGUCGCACCGUUAUGGAUACUCUCAUUCCUUUCUGUGAGACACUGGAGAGUACGAGCGACGUUGUGAAGGCUGUCGAAGCUGCUGAGCAAGGUGCCCAGAGCACAUCGGGGAUGAAAGCCAAGUUUGGUCGGGCGACAUAUGUUGGAGAGAGUGCAAAGAUUCAGGGCGCUCCACCAGAUCCAGGGGCAAUGGCAGCGGCCAUAUUCUUACGUGGUCUGUUGGAAGGUAUGUAG